UAUAAGACCAGAAGCCAGGGGGAACCAUAUUAGCUCUUAUUAUUGCAUUCGCUUUUGCUUUUUAUAUUCAGGAAAGCGUUUUUGGUGGUGGAGAGUCUGUGGACCGGGAUGGUGAUGCUAACUGGUGAAGGAUGAUGCAUCAUCACUUGCCUAGUUUGCUUUCUUGUCGUUUUGAGAUUAUAGCGAAUGAGAGAGACAGUCUUUUCAGGUGACUUAUUAUGAGUUUUGAAUUGUUAAUUCGGUGUGCUCAAAUCAAUUCCCUGGUUUGCCUUUAACCGGCCAAAACGGUUAAAAUAGGGAAAGAGCAAACAAAUAUCGACAAAGCAAAUAAAGGAGUGACGGCCGGCGACCAAGAUGUAGGCGGAUGUGAGUUUAAUCUUCUCUCUCUUUGUCGCUCUCCCGUGCUUCACGGAGAACCUCAGGAUAACGCAGAUUUUCUACUACCACUGGGGAGUCCUCCCCUCCCAGCAGCAGCAGCAUCAUCUGGAGGUAAGCCCCUAUUGCGAUAUAAACUUUGAUAUUUGGGUCGUUCGUGUCGAAGACGAGAAAAGAAUGGCCUCGGCAGCAGCUGCUAUGAUGCUCUCUUCCUUAUGGAGACCCCCUCUCCCCUGCUCGGCUCGAAGCAGGAGUUUUGCUUCGUUCCGGCAACAUGGGUCGCUAAUAGUUGAUAACGCGGUGCUUAGGCUCUCCUCAAAGACCCUUCGGGAGAAAGGGAUAGGUGCUUCUUUUCGAUGUUCCGCAGCAUUGACACCUGAACUGAAGUCUACUUUGGAUAAAGUGGUUUCAUCACACAAAGUGGUGCUUUUUAUGAAGGGAACCAAGGAAUUUCCUCAAUGUGGAUUUUCACACACUGUUGUACAGAUAUUGAAGUCAUUAAACGUGGGAUUUGAAACAUUGAAUAUACUGGAGAAUGAGAAUUUACGUCAGGGGUUGAAGGAAUACUCCAACUGGCCUACAUUUCCACAGCUUUAUAUUGAUGGAGAAUUUUUUGGUGGCUGUGAUAUAACAGUAGAGGCAUACAAGACGGGGGAAUUGCAGGAGUUAUUGGAAAAAGUAAUGUGCUCCUGAUGGCAGCCAGUGAAACUUGCUUCUGUUUUUACGUGUAUUGUGAUUGUGAUGUCUGCCGCAGCAUGGUUAGGGAAACGUCUCCUAAGUCAUGCUUCCGGCUUCCUAUUCCCGGUGGUGUAAUAAACAAUUGGACUUAUUCCAACUUAUAAUUAUGUCCCAUAUGGCAAUCAUAUGUUUCACUAGUUGAGAUGUGAGUGCUGGUCGCACAAAGCUAACUUUUGACAGAACAUUCAAAAGUUAUGAAAAAAUUUUAAAUGAGCAACACACCUCAAAUAGUGUGUUUUUUUCU